GUUAUAUUUAAAAUUUAAAAUUUUGGGGCAUUCUUCCGAAGAGAGAGAGGUGCGGUAGCACGCACGCCCUCAUCUACCGCCCGGCACGAUUGGCACGCCGCCGCGAACCCGGCACAACGGUGUACAAAGCAGCCGUAGCUGAAACCAUAAUCUCAGAGUGGGAUUCAGGAAGCAGCUAUGAAACAUCGGUGUCGGAGAGGCUGCAAGCUGUCAAGGUUGCUGAUAAUCCAAAGUCCAUCGAAAGAAGUCAGAAGAAGUAAGGGCGUCAAAGGCCACCACCCCAAUUUGUUGGGAAUCCGGGAUUCGCUUUCCGUCACCGCUUCUCAUGAUACUGCUAAGAAUUACUUCGCCGUAGUCCCGAUGCAUGACUGCACGUAUGGCUCUGUGUGCUCAGAUAUCAGCGCUGGCCACGCUUAUCUCAUAUCCCCGUCCCUCUUCACUUCAGCUACCUACUCUCUCCUCAAGUUGGGUUUUGCUUUGUUACCCAUGCCUUCCAUCUCUCAGUGGGCUGCUGCACCAGAACUAGUAGCCUCCCAUAACACUAGUACGAGUAAUUAUGAGCAGCCGUCUCCCGCGGCUGACAUUUGGCUGGUGGGAAUCACUGCCUUGGAAUUGGCCUAUGGCGGCCUCCAACUCCCGAACCGGAAUGCUCGGGAGGCCAUGGUUAAGGACAUACUUCACCACAACGAUCUCCCUCCUACUAUUGAAACAGAACAACAAGCCAUGAAAAUAGAGCACAGAAAUUUGUUGAAGCAUUGUGCCAAAAAGCUGCCGACUCCUCGAUGCUCCGCCAGCAGCAGCAGCAGCUCAUCGUUUUCCCCAGCCUUCACCAGUAUGGUCAACAUUCAUUUUGUAGAUCAUGCAUCUUUCAUCAUUGAUGUAACGACUACUCAACAUCCAAACAACUUGAAUGGUCUGCUGAACAUGCUACAAAUGCGAGGUGAGGCAGCGGUCAAGACCUUAGCUAUUUCAUUCGGUUAUGCAAUAGGACACUGCUUAGGGCCUUUUAGAUCAACCAUUCAUGUACUUUGCCAAUAUUCUCACCAAUGUAAUGCCUGAUUAACAGGCGAGCACUUAGUUUCUCCUGUUAGUAAGAAAGGAUUGGUUCCUCUUGUUAUUCCUCUAUACAAACAGAGCUCAGGUGUUAUAACUGCAUUACUGCAAUGGCCUACUGCUCCACCAGGGUCCAUUCGCACACAGAAUGAGUUGUAAACUUUCAAUGCGUUGUGGUUCAACUGUGAAAUUAAGGUAAGACAUCAAUGUGUUCAGAAUAUGAUCAGCAUAUGCAUAGGCAUAUGUUUCACUAAUACUUUCUAUUGACAACUCUAAACAUAUUUAAACAACAUGAAAAAGAUCCACUCACAUGCCCUCCAGUAAGUAUUAAGGUCCUCUAUAUAGUCUUUUCUGUUAUCCCCAAAAUCGAGAGAAAUGAAUGCCCUGACCUGAAAAGUAGUUUAGUAUAACAUACAAAAUCUGGGGAUAAAAUAUAAAACUUGUGUAAAAGGAAGAUGAUGAUGAUGAUGAAACAUACAUAGUAUUAUAAACUUACAAAAGGGUUGUUUGUUUUAUUUGUAAAGAGGGAAAUGGAACAAAUAACUUGACAUGUCCCAAAAAAACUGAGACAAAUAAACUGAUAUAGACGGAGUAUAUGUUAUGCAUAGUAUAUAUAAUGUUUAAAUUUUAAUUUUGAAGUUUGUCAAAAUAUUAAUACGAAAUAAAAGAUAGAGAAUUUGAUGAGUUUGUGUUUUAGCGCCUGUGUGGUAACACUCGAAUUGGUUUAAUCGGCUAAAUCUGCCGAAAUUUAUGAAUUUCUGGCAGAAGUGACUGAAUUGACUGAAUCGGUUGAAUUAUAUUUUUUUAUUCAAAAUAUAUUUUAUUAAUGAAAUUAAGAAAAAAUACAUGAAAAUAGCCAAAAUUGUCUUCUACAAUAAUUUCAGCCAAUUCGACUAGAAAAGUAACUUCAAAAACUAUGUAUUUGGUUAAAAAAGUUGACUGAUAAGCUUAAAAUAUGGGUUAUCAAACGAACUCUUAAUAUAAGUAAUAUAUUAGGGAAAAAUGUGUAUAAAAUUUAAUUCAAAAUAGAAAUAAGUUUAAGGAUAAAUAUAAUAUUGUGAAUGCUUAUAUAUAAUAUUGUGAAUGCUUAAACGAAUUCGGAUUAUUAUGGUGAACAAUUCUAGAUGGGAUUAUUUAUGUAGAAAUGUAGAAUGCGUAAAAGUAUGAUUAUUUAUGUCAACAUUAUAAUAGUGUUUAAAUUGUAAUUUUGAAGUUUGUCAAAAUAUUGAUAAGAAAUAAAAGAUACGCAGUAAAAGAGAAUUUGAUUAGUUUGUGUUAUAGACCCCAUUGGGUAACAUUCAAAUUGAUUGAAUCGGUUGAAUCUGCUGAAAUUUAUGAAUUUAUGACAGAAAUGACUGAAUUGAUUGAAUCGGUUGAAUUAUAAUUUUAUUUUGGGAAAACUGUCAAAUAGGUCCUCAAACUUUUAUAAAAAAGUCAAUUAAGUCCUUCUAUAGGAGACUCGGUCCGGUCAUCGCGAUUUGGGGCGGUUCCCGGUGGAAUUUUUUGAUGAAAUUUUUUGAGCAUCUUAUUCAUCAAGUCUAGUUUACUCAUACCAAAUUUUAGCUAAAAAUUUAAUCGGGAGCGCAUUCAAAUUAAUUCGAGAACGCAAAAAUGCGCAAUUAUCUUCAAGAAUUAAUUUGAAUGUGUUCCCGACUGAAUUUAUAGUUGAAGUUUGGUAUGAGUAAACUAGACUUGGUGAAUAAGAUGCUCAAAAAAUUUCAUCAAAAAAUUCCACCGGGAACUACCCCAAAUUGCGACGGCCGGACAGAACCUCCUAUAGAAGGACUUAAUUGACAUUUUUAUGAAAGUUCGAGGACCUAUUUGACAGUUUUCCCUUUUAUUUUAAUUCAAAAUACAUCUUAUUAAUGAAAUUAAAAAAUGUUACAUGAAAUUCAAGUCAAUAUACGUGAGCUGAGGCUUACAUACGUACAGUCGGCCGCUACUUUGGUAUGUUCAUGGUACGUACGCAUAUUUCCUUCCGUAUUGUUAUUUUGACCUAAGUUUAUUUUAGUUUUUUUUAGGGAAGUUUAUUUUAAUUUUGGUUAUGUGAUUAUGUCACUUCACAUACCGUUGCCGUAUAACACAAAAUAUAUGUACGGGUGACUAAACCUAAAGACGAAAACGUUGGCGGGAAAACAUGAAAAAUCGAUGGCAAACCUGAAACAGAGUCAACUUAACUCCAUAUGUUCAACAAAUUGAUAGCAGCCUUUUGUUGUACUCCCAACGUAUGUGAACUAGGAGACAAAGACCGGUCCCUUUCUAGUACGACCGUAUGUAAACUAUCAGCUUUUUCAUUGUUCAGAUUUGGGCAAUACCUAUUUUUGUGUAAUACUUUGUACAAUCUCUAGCUAGUCUAUGUUUUAUUUCACUUUCCUCGAAUAUGUGC